AGCCUUCUUGGAUAAAUAAACUAAAACUGCCACCAUCACCAUCCAGUCAUACCUCAGAGAGUUUAAUAUUCACCACAAUGGUCCACAUAUCAGUCAUUGGUCUUUUCUUCGUCUACUUUUUUAUCGGGAAGGCUUCCGGGGCGUGCGAAUGGUUUCCGGGAGAAGAAGUUGUGAAUUGCGAGGAAGGAGGGGAUGGACGUCUUACCUUCCAAAGUGAUGGAAACCUCGUCAUUUAUGACGGUAAGGGAACAUCCAUUUGGGCCUCAGACACUAGACCCUGCGGCCGGCGCGCAGUUUUUCAAAAGGAUGGAAAUCUCGUUGUCUUCAAUAGAGGUGGAAAAAUCGUCUACUCCACUGCAACUACAGGAUUGGGGAACCGGAUGACAUUCUCUCAAGGAAAGUUGGCCAUUUACGACACAGCGUAUGAAACUGCCUGGACAAGCAGUGAUUUUUGGAGAAAGAAGGGAUGUUGUGAUGCCAAUUAUCCCAGCGAUGUUCAAGAAUGCACGGGAGGAGGUCCAGUUGGCAGAAAGUAAAUAAAUUAGAUUUGCUGAUUUUAACAAAGAGAUCUUACUUAAGUAGUGUCAAUAUAAUAAACCUAAUACAAAAUAACUACCAAUAUGACCCCACAAACAAAUUUAUUUAUCUACCAUGUGUUAAAAUUGGAAAUAUAUCAAUUAAUUAAAAACAGUAAAUCAAGCGGAUCGAAAUUCA